AUGGAUGCCGGUAUCGUCGCCUCGUUCAAGCUUCGAUACAGGUAUUGCCAGCUCGAGUACGCUUUGAAUAUGGAGGAACAAGGAUUACAGACCAGUAUCUACACUCUAAACCAGCCCACAGUGAUGAAGUUGAUAAAAUCCUGCUGGCUUGACGUUCCAAGCGAUGCUAUUCUGAACUGCUUUCGGCUAACAAGGAUCGUCCUCGGCCGUACGACUACUCGCGGAUCGCGCAUUGACGCUGAUGACCAACUGAACACCAGCCUACUAGCACCAACGCCUCAGCAAUGCAUCCGCGACCCGAUGGACCUAAACAAAUUCAUGUGCUGCACUGCUAAAGCCGACUCGGAGAUGGAAGCGCCAACUGCCAUAGACUUGCUCAUCAAAAAAGCGGACGCGGGAUUUUUGCUCAUGGCCCGAGAGAGCAGGGACUUUAAAAAAUCGGAGUCGUCAAGAGAAGUUGUAACAAACAUGCCGAUAGAGAUUAGCGCUGAUGACAAGGUUGAUGCAGUCCGAGCCAUCAUUUUGGUGCUCGGUGACCAUCCAGAUCUAGAGAGACUUGUCAUGAUAGGUAUGCGUACAAUAAAGCAGCGAUUGCACGAGGAGCUGAGGGUAGAAAAGGAGAACUCACUUACACAGACGCUAUUUCGUGGUUAA